CUACCUACAUUCAUACUUCACACGCAAUGGCUCACUCACCGCUCCCCACAUCCGAGCUGGAACAGCUCGCCGCUCACGCCUGCGAAUCCGUAAUCGGCGCCUCAGAGACCUACGACCACUCCAAAGUCAGCGACUGGAACACGUCCAUCAUCCAAACCAUCCUGAAAACCCUGAUCGAAAAGACCUCUACUACCACUACCGCCGGCGAGCCCUCGCAACCCCCGUACAAAUACAUCAUCAACAGCACCGUGAUCCAACACAUUGGCGUCCCGUCAGAACCCGAGAAGCACGGGCGUCGCGGCAUGCACAGCGCUGUCGGCGCGUACUGGAACAACGAGAAGGAUGGCACGUAUAGCUACAAGUGGGAGGGCGCGCAGAAGAAGGGCAUGGAUAUUGUGAUUGCGAUUACGUGGGUUGCUAUCUAGAUGGUGCGGCGAUGGUGGUGGUGGUGUGUAUAGGCGACUGAUAAAUCCCACCUACUCGGAUGUUUCUUGGAUAGGGUCGGGAAGAGGUGAUUUUGCUUCGCCGUGGUUGUCGGAGCUGUAUAUGUUUUACGUGCAUGAGCGAAGCGAAAGUCCUUUCUUUUGGUACACUCCUCUGGAAAUACACAUCUACUUUUUACACUGCU